AUGCCGCGCGAGGCAUGGAUGCUUGCAAUUGUGGGAGUCCUGGCUGACGCGAUGGCUGGUGGGCAUCGCUGCAUCCACGACGAAGUUGCUGACACCAUGUCCGAGGCGGUAUGGUCACAAGUCUACGGAAGCAACACGAUUGACUUGGAUGGUUUGGCAUCUGUCAUUUCGAAUCACGCGACUUCCAGCACCCGCCUACUAGAAACGGCCUCGUCCAGCUCGCCGCUUCGGAUCGUCCCAUUCUUCGACAACAUGACGCUGGGAGCAAUCCCCACCGACAAAAGAUCCCUCGUGGAGGAUUUCUUGGUCCCUGCCGCCGUCUCGUUUUGGUCCCAAGCGCUUCUCGUGAUACCUGUUCAAGGGAGCUUGUACGCCGCGCCGCCGUGCACGUCCACUUGGAACACGGUGCCGUCGGUGUGCGCCAGUCUUGCGACGACAUCGAGUUGCAUCGAAAUGCCAUACCCUACCGAGCACUACAGUCCCAUUCGAGUCUGUUCGACAUGCACGAGCGCCGGCUGUGCGACUGGCAACUGUACCCUUGCCCUUCCCAACAACACAGGUGUGCCAAACGCCGACAUGGUCAUGUACAUCCGGGCGGCAACUACUAGCCGGUGCAUGACAAACACGCUUGCCUACGCGAGCUCGUGCCAACGCGACCAGUUUGACAGGCCAACCUUUGCCCACAGUACUUGGAUGCGUCGACGCUUUCGGGUCCGACUUACGACGUCCAAGUCACCACGGCGUUCCACGAAUUUGCCCAUGCGCUCGGUUUUUCAUCGGCGUCAUUCCCCCUCAUGA